ACAGUAAAGAAAACUGUACAGAAAGGUGUGUGAUUCAAAGGGUUUAAAAGACGAGUAAUGGAAACCGUCUGGGAAAAUUUCGAGCCUUACGGAAAAUAGACGUGUAAUGGAAACCGUCGAGGAGCAAGGCAAUAUUCAGAAAUGGGUGCGUAAUGAAAACCGCCUGGAAAUACCUUGCCAUGCUGGACACCUGGCGGAUGUGUAAAGAAAACACUACUUAGUAAAAAGUCACAUGGGAAGCACUAAUCGGCUCAAAAUGAAACGGUAACGAAAACCGUAUUCAAUUGACGUAUUGAACUUUUUUCCUUUCGCCAAACAUGUGGGAAAAACGCUCUAGGUGCUGGUCAAAUAAAAGUUUAUUUGAAAGACUCGCAAAAACAUGGAUCGUGAAAAUUAAUAACGAGGUCUAAGUGCUACUCUCUCUUAUUUUGCUAUUUGCAGAAAGUUGGUAAGAAUAUUUCGAAUAGUGGAAAUGUCGGACGAGGGCAAGUAUGUUCGUGCGUACCGCUUCAGCGACGAUGAUGACGAAGAAGAGAACGAAGAAGCCGGAAGAUAUGUUCGUGCUCCGGUGCUCUCCAACGAAGAAUAUGGGUACGACAGCGAAGAAGAAGACAACCUAUGUGUAGCAACAACGGACGUUGAAAAGGAGAACGAAGUGCUUAAGGAACAACUUGCGAAGCUGAAGAGGACAGUAGAAGAGAUAACAUCGAGGAACAAGCGAACCCGGGACGCUGGUGUCGAAAGUAACGAUGCUGAGGAAAGUUGGACUUGUUCUCGUAACCACCCGUCAACAAUCGAAAACGCUCCCAACAUCCGCUGGGACCAGAUGAAGCCUUUCCCGAAGAACAUCCCUGCCAACAAGAUGUGGGAAGAAUGGACGAAGUAUAUUGAGAACUUCGAAAUUGCUGCCCUGUUGUCCAACGCUGUCGACCCUGUGCGCCGAUCCCAACUUCUUUUCCUAUCGAUGGGCGAAGAGAUGCAGGGAAUCGUUCGCGCUGCUAAGCUAAGGCCAAACCUGAACGACAGCGAUUGUUACGCACUUUUCGUGAAGAACGUUGAAAAUCAUCUUCGCUCCAUGACCGAUACCGCAGCAGAGCAUGAGGCUUUUUCGUGUAUGCAGCAGGAGCGAGGGGAAACAGUGGUCAAUUUUCACGCCAGGCUCAUGGAGAAGGUGCGUCUCUGUCGAUAUAGUCCAAGCGACCAGGAGCGUUUUGUCCGGGCACAGCUGCUCAAAGGGAUGGCAAACCGGGAGCUGGCGAAAACUGCAAGAACAUUCGGCCAUGAAACUAACUUCAUUGUCCAAUCGGCGACACGUGACGAGUCAUACAGAACUGAAUCUACGCAGGCGAGUAAUACGUACGAUUCGGUGGUCAACCAGGUGUACAGCAGGACUCCGUUCAGACCUCCAGCGAAGCGCUACGGCAGCUUUGGGAAACUUGGCGAACCCCGUAACAAACAAGGCCGUUUCGAUAACUGUUCUGUUAACAGCCGACAAGAGCAUUGCCCAAGGUGCAAUAAAUGGGCGCACAAGAAUCGCCCGUGUCCGGCAUUGAGACUUAAGUGUCACGAAUGUGGUUCCUUCGGUCAUUUCGCGGUGGUAUGUAGAAAGAAACGGAUCAAUGCCAUCGAUGAUGCCAGCCCUCAGGAAGCGAAAGUAGAGCCUAAGGAAGAAGAGCUCAAUGCAUUAUCUCUAGAAGACGUCCUAAUUGAAUGUCGAGUGGGAUCUUCCAGUCCCGUUAAAUUCCUUAUCGAUUCAGGAGCGGAUGUCAACGUGGUUGGUGGAGAUGAUUGGGUAAGUCUACAGGCCGAGUACACAUCGGGGGAUGCUAAACUAGAGCCCAUCGAGAUAUCUUCGAACCGAAACCUGAAAGCGUAUGCUAGCAACGUCCCAAUGAAAGUAGAUUUUGCUUUCAAAGCAGAAAUAGAACCACUACGGUCCAAGGACAAAGUCGCAGCAGAAUUCGUCGUGGUCAUGGAUGGUAAAAGAUCUCUUUUAGGCAGGUCGACUGCAAGCGAUUUGAAAUUGCUGUUCGUUGGCACACAGGUGAAUACCUGCGAAGUCACGCCAAACAAAACGUUUCCGAAGAUGCCAGGUGUCGAAGUCAAGUUUAGCGUAGACAAAAGCAUACCACCGACCCGUAAUGCUUAUUACAAUAUCCCGGCCGCGUACCGUGAGGGUGCUCGCAGUCGACUGCUGGAAAUGGAGGAGAGUGGUAUUAUAGAAAGGGUUACCACAGCACCAGAUUGGAUAAGCGGGAUGUCGGCGGUGGCAAAGGGAAAAAACGACUUCCGGCUCGUCGUGAAUAUGAGAGCACCAAAUCAAGCCAUCAAACGCGAGUACUUCCGUUUGCCGAUGUUGGAUGAGAUGAAGAUCAAGCUACAUGGUGCAAAAUUCUUCACCAAACUGGACCUGAAAAGCGCAUAUUAUCAUUUGGAGCUCUGUUCAGAAUCACGCGAUCUCACAACGUUUCUGGCGGAGAACGGAAUGUUCAGAUUUACGAGACUUAUGUUUGGAGUAAAUUGCGCGCCAGAGAUUUUCCAAAGGGAAAUGGCUAGAAUUCUGGAAACCAUUGAAAACAAAAUAGUAUAUAUAGACGACGUUUUGCUGUUUGCCGACACCUUGGAGGAAUUGCAUGAAACAGUGGCUCAGACUCUCGAAAUUCUAAAGGCGAAUAACCUUACUCUAAACGAAGAAAAGUGCGAGUAUGACAAAACACGAAUUACAUUUCUUGGUCAUGAGCUAGAUGAGGAUGGCUUCCACAUUGAAGAAGCAAAGGUUGAUGCUAUUCAAAAAUUUCGUCGUCCUUCGACAUCUUCAGAGUUACGGAGUUUCCUCGGACUAGCAUCAUUUGUAAGCCCGUAUAUAAGAAAUUUUGCGAGCAUAUCGAAUCCACUGUGGUCGCUGGCUGGAUCGAAAUCUUGGAUUUGGAGUGAACAGCAUGAGAAAGCAUUCAACGAGAUAAAGGAUCGAAUAAUUCGUUGCACCGUUUCGUUGGGCUACUUUUCGGAGUAUGAGGAUGCCGUGCUAUAUACGGAUGCUUCACCAAACGCACUGGGUGCUGUGCUGGUGCAGGAGUCAGCAGGUAGAAACCCUCGAAUUAUCAGCUUCGCAUCAAAGGCAUUAACAGAUACGGAAAAACGAUAUGCUCAGAAUCAAAGGGAAGCCCUAGGUGCCGUCUGGGCAGUGGAGCAUUUUUCUUAUUUCUUGCUGGGCAGACAUUUUACUCUACGAACGGAUGCCAAAGGAGUUACCUUCAUUUUAAACCGUUCCCGCGAAUCUACGAAAAGAGCACUAACCAGAGCAGAUGGUUGGGCGUUAAGACUUAGUCCGUACAACUACACUGUGGAAUAUGUUAAAGGUAGCGAUAAUAUUGCGGAUCCAUCGUCUAGAUUGUACCAAGGCGUAGACAAACCUUUCAGCGAAGAAUCGAGUCCCUGGGAAGUAGCCCACAUAGAAGCGAAUGUUGCCAAAUUCCUGUCCGAAGAUGAAAUUCGCGAAUUCACUUCCAGCGAUAAGACUCUACAAAGGGUAAAAUAAUGAAAUAUGCAUUUUAUUUUAUAGUAAUUUCAUGUAUGCUUGUUUUGUCAUCUUAAAUUUAUCAGGUUAUAGAGUCCAUGGACUCGGGAGAAUGGCCAAAGCGACUGAGUAGGUUCCAGGCAGUUUCGGAAGAUUUGUUUGUGAGAGAAGGCAUGCUGACUAAACUUGGAUGUGUUGUGAUUCCGGAGAAACUACGUACC